GCUGGAGGCGCCAUUGGAGCCGGCUUGGCUCGGGAGCUCCGCUGAGCAGGCGGAGGUUGGGCCGCAGUCACCGCCGCGUCCGCUCCUGGUUCCUGGCCCGUCAGCGGCAUGGCGUGCGGGGCGACGUUGAAGCGGCCCAUGGAGUUCGAGGCGGCGCUGCUGAGCCCGGUUUCCCCGAAGCGGCGGCGCUGCGCCCCGCUGCCCGGCCCCACUCCGGGCCUCAGGCCCCCGGACGCCGAGCCGCCGCCGCUUCAGAUGCAGACCCCACCGCCGACUCCUCAGCAGCCCGGCCCGCCCGGCAACGAGCGGCGCCUUCCGACUCCGGAGCAAAUUUUUCAGAACAUAAAACAAGAAUAUAGUCGUUACCAGAGGUGGAGACAAUUAGAAGUUGUUCUUAAUCAGAAUGAAGCUUGUACUUCAGAAAGUCAGCCUCACUCCUCAGCACUCACAGCGCCUAGCUCUCCAGGUUCCUCCUGGAUGAAGAAGGACCAGCCCACCUUUACUCUCCGACAAGUUGGAAUAAUAUGUGAGCGUCUCUUAAAAGACUAUGAAGAUAAAAUUCGGGAGGAGUAUGAGCAAAUCCUCAAUACCAAACUAGAAGAACAAUAUGAAUCUUUUGUGAAAUUCACACACGACCAGAUUAUGCGACGAUACGGGACAAGGCCCACCAGCUAUGUGUCCUGAAACUUUCUUGCAUAUCUGGGUACCAGGUUUGACCUCAAGAGAUGGCUGCUGUGCACUUUUUGCAACUGGUUUGAUAUCACAUUUCAGCUCCAACUUUGCAUCCUGAGAACACUUAAAGGUUUCUGCAGGUCCAUUUUAUACAACUUGAAAGACCUUAAAACUUUCUGGUUGCCACAAGCAUAUCUUUCUUUUCUGCUCAUCCAAUAAACAGCUGUGCCCUACUGUGAUAGAUUUUCGAAGCAAAAUACCUGGAGCAGCAGUUUAGCAAAAUAUGCCCUCAGUGGCACUCAACAAAUGGAGUUUCCCCAAGCACAGUUCUGUAAGAAGUGUGUGUGAGAGUGUAUGUAUAUGUAUGUAUGUGUAUUUUAAGUUAUUAUUUGUAUUGUGCAAAUUUUUUUUGAUCUUGGGGAUUCUGGCUGUGAAUUUGAUGCACGACAAUUAUGGUUAAAAACAUUUGCUUGAUCUACAGAAGAUCAUUAAUGUUUUGUGACCAUGUAAGUUGUAACAGUGGGUUGUUUUAUGUGUAGGUAUUGUUAAAUACAGGGACUGUUUUCAGGCACAGAAUAUGAAUCAUACAUUAGGAUGGACAUCAGAUGUGAUUAUGAUGACAUAGCAAAGGUCUGUGGUCCUAGGUCUGUAAAUGCGUGGUGAGGAAUUAAAAUAAACUGGAGAUGGGCCAUUUGACACGUGGAAUCUGCCUAGCUGUAUUGGAAAGAUACUUUGACUCCAAGCCUUAAAAUACCCAUGUGGAGUCUGUGCUCACCUCACUCACACACAGAGCUCCCUGGACACUGAACCUCUAAACAGAAAAAGUCUCCCCAGAGCAGGAGCAUCAGGGUUUUCUCGGGAGCAUCGACCAGGUGAGCAUGGGCUGGGGCUGGGCCAGGCCCCGGCAGCACUGCUACUUGGGAGGAGCCACUUCACCUUUGCAUCAGUUAUUACAUACAGAUUUGGAUCCUUCGGUCAGGUUCUCCCAAAUUCUUUUAAGAGGUGUCCAAGUUCAACUGCUUGAGCUUUGUUUUGGCAACCCCCUGCCCAAAGUUGCUUACAGACUGUUCUUCACCUUGUUUUCAAGCUGAGGAACAGAAAGUAGCCUCUGUUUUGAGGAGGUGGAAGUUAAGUAUACAUUUAUUUUUUACUGUGACUUGUUCAGGACCACAUUUUACAAAUGCCUUGUUUUGUUUAUUAUCGUUUCUGGAAAGGAAAGUUCUAUUAAAAUUGUUUUAGUUUGAAUAUAGAAUAGUUUUUUUAAUUACAGCUUAUUUUGAAAAAUCUGAGUAAUUAAAAUGUAUGCCAAUACCUUCCAAAGUAAGGUAAUAUUCAGAGACAGUUCUCAUCAGAUGGCUUAAUUUCUGGAAUAUUCACAUUGGAAGAUUCCUUAUUAAUGAAUGUCUUUGACUUAAAUCUAACCAAAAACUGCAACGUUAUUCUUUGUACAUUUUCAUUAUAUAGUGUUAACAAGCUUAGUUGCAAACAAAUAAAAUACUUAAGCUAUUUGUUUACCUUGCCUUCUUAAUACUGUGAUGAUGUUUAUUAAAAUAAUUUAUGUGAGGCUGCUAUAACCACUUCCUCAGUUUAACAUUACAUUUAAGAGUUAUAGACUUUUUUUUUAAGCCCAACAGUGAUCUUUUGAUAAUUAAAGAAUUAUUUUAAUUCAUAUUUGAAGGGCAAUUUGUUUCAUCUCUUCUUUUUCCAGGGUAGUCACUUGUUCCUAAAAGAGGAACAUAAUAGUGGCAGUAAUGGGAGUGGCCUUACAGUGGGAUAGCCACACCAAAACAAGGGAAGGGCAGCUGUGGGGGCCAUCAGCAGUCCUGAAGGAUGGAUCAGGAACAGGGAACACUGCCUCACUUAAGUCUUCUUGUUACAGAAUCAGUGUGAUGUGCUCACUCAGUAUUGUGAGUGUCAGUCCCAUUCUUACUGAAUAGCUUCUGGCUGGGAAAUAGAGUUAAGUUUCGGUAAGGAAAAUGACAUGCUAUUGUAUUAUGAUAUGGUUGCUUUUUGGGGCCACAUGGUAAGACCACACCACCAUGGUUGGAUUUGGGGAUCUCCUUUAAAGGGAUUAGACAUGUUUGCUUAGUGUUUUAUCCAGGUAAAAGACAGAUCCUAGAACAGAAAAUGGAGACUUGUAAGAUAGGCCUUAGACUAGCAAAAGGAGUUUUCUCUAGACCUUGAUUUCUAGAAUCUGAACUAAGGCACAUUCCCAUGUAGGAAAAUAUCUUUGUCUCAUGAGGAUAGGUCAAGGUCCAGGGAAGAAGUGGUCUCAGAACAGCCAUAUCUAGUGAGUUAAAAUAUUUUGUGUGUUUGUUUUAGUUGUUAUCCUCUUUAAGUAAAGCCUUGAGUUUAAGGACAAUCUAAGGAGUAAGUGUCCCUCCCUAAGUUAGAGGAGUUCAGGGGAGAUCAAAGUUUUGAGGCAGUGAUAAUUGGUAAGAGCUCCCCAAGAAGAACAUCAGGGGAUAUAAGAAUUUGGGCCAGCUUCCAACAUGGUGAAUCUUCUCUGCCCACCAGGAAGGAUUGGUUGGUUAGCGUAACAGUUAAAGGAAUGGCCUUUGGAUGUUUGUAACCCUAGACUUUAGUCUGCCCUGCCACUAUUUUACUAUGUGAGCCUUGCCAAGUUACUGAACUUUCUGAGCCAUAGUUUUCUUAACCUGUAAAACAAGGAUUAAUUGUAUGUACAUCGUUGGGUUUUUGUUUUCAAAUAAAUGCAAGAUUAAAUUAAUUCAUGUCAAUAAAGUAUUUAGCACAGCUUGGGACAUGGGCUAUGCACUUGAAAAUGUUACAGGAGGUUUCUUUACAGUGGUCAUCAUCAGCUCUGAAGACCAAAUUCUUCCUUUCUGCAGCAGUGAUUCUCAACUUUCCAGUAUGAAGAGCCCUUUGUUAACAACAAAAUUUCACAUUCUCUUAUUAGAAUUUGUACUUUUAAGUGUUUGACUAAGAAAACAAUAAAAGAUGAAUGACAAAUGAA